AUGCACAUAUUGUACAAUAUAUUGACUCUCUCAGGAUUAACGGACCAACAACGACGUCGAGAGGAACGAUUGCGGGAUGUUCCUGACGAAGAGAUAGAGGGGGUUGCAGGGUACGAGGAUGCUGUCCUGCAUGGUGACAUAUGCAUGGAUACAUCCCAUGUGGACGGCAUGGACUCUGAAUGGGAGGAUACGGAAGGUGCGCAAGAUAUGCUUGAGGAACUCAGACGGUCUCACAACCGUCUCUUCACUCGCUACCGGGACCCAAGGACAAGACGUGAUCGAGUCACCAAACUCGUUAACGCCUUCGCUCUCCAGCUUGACGCUAUGGUGGACGCAUAUGAGAAGUGGCGUGCAGACUGUGAAGAAUGGGGUGGAUUUGGGGCGGGCUAUGUACUGCCAGACAAGGCAGAGGUGGAGAGUACGUGGGAAGUCCGGGUGGUAGACAUUUUCAGUUCGGGACCACAAGUAAUCACAUUUACCCGAGACGACCAAUGCGUGCCAGCAGCAUUUGUGCGUCAAGGUCUCCUACCAACGUCACCUAUUGAUCCUGGUCUGGCAUUCACAAUCCGCACUCUGGAAGUCUUUCGUGCGCAGCACCUUCGUUGUCCUCGAUUCAGCAUUCAAGCCUUCGUUCGAUCCUUGAACGACAUGCACGGCUUACCGCCAGCGCCCCACCUUUCCAAUCAGUUUUCGGUCGCAUUUGAUGUGUAUUCAGCAAUACGAGAAUCCGUUGAUCUACGUAUACAACGCACUCUCGGACGCGAUACACCUGAUUGGCGCUUGAGGAAUGCGUGUCCAGCAUGCACAUAUACUCUAGUGGGGGAACCGAUCCUGAAGGUAAAGAUGCUGGUGACUUUGGACGGCAAUAACUCGCUCAAGCGAUUCAAUCGACGAGAGAGAGCAGAGGGAAAUGAUGGACAAAGCAUUCCUGGUGCUUCUAAAGAGCGCGAAGAUUCUCGAGCACCGCCUGGGGACUACUAUCUCACUCCGGAACAGGUGGACAAGUGGGUGGUCGAUGGAACAGACGAACUCGUGAAAGGCUCUGAAAAGGACUUGGAGGAUGGGAAUGUGGCGGACGGAUGCAGCGAGCGAUGGCAGAACAUGAAGGAUGAUGUCACCGCACGGGCAUAUGGUUUGUACGACGAGACUGGCGUUGUUCUGUCACUUUGCCGGCAUGGCUUUGUUCUAUCGAUGUGCGACAUGAUACGGAGUGGCGAAUUGGCAAAGUAUGGCUUCGCAAUCACCGCUCACCUCAUCAAUGCACUAGGCGAGAUAUGUCUGGGCUACGACAUAGGUUGUAGAUUCGACAAGAUGGUGAAAUCGCACCCUGUCCUUGGCAAGAUUGCGCUCGAGAACAACUUCAAGUCUGUGGUUGGCUCUUUUCACGGGGCAGCUCACAAUCGACAGUGCCAGCUGCAGUUUCUCACACUGUACAUUCAAGGUCUUGGGCAGGAGGCGCUCGAAAUCUGUGAAUCUUUCUUCUCAAAGUCCAAUGCCGUUGCAGCAACCACACGCUAUGCAUCCCGAUUCCAUCGACAGCAAGCCAUCGUACACUACGUCGAACACGCUGAUACCUUCGAUGCUUAUGCAAAUCUCUCAUCCUUGCUAUGCGCAAAGUACAACCGAGCGCUCGAUACAAAGGCAAACCUGCCUUCGCUUGUGGAGAUGAUGGAGGCGCUUGAUGUGCAAGACCGUCAGGAGUUCGAAGUUUGGCGUCAAAGAGAACGAGACUGUCUGGCGCGGCUUUCCCAAGAACCCAUCGAAGAGACGCUACAGAUGGAAUACUACCAGAAGAGAGUCAAUCUUGCUGCGCAAGAAGAAUCACUGCUGCUCGUGCGUGGGAUGGACGCAAUCGUGAUGCCAGCUCCCAACUCCCAAAACUACGCCGAAGCUAUUCAGAAGACUCGCCAUCUCGAAACCCAGCGCCGCCAUGCGCAACAACUUCACGAUAAAGGUCUAGUGACGGUCCAAGACCUCGAGCGGCGACUAGGCAUAGUAGAGCCAUGGGUCAUCGGAGACAACAAUUGGAGAGCUGCAGCAGAACUCGUAAGCAAACGACGCUACCAACGAGCCCUCGACAACCUGCAGAAGCUGGUUAUCAUGCGCAUGAUGGAACUCAUGAAGGCCAAUCUGGCUGGAACAGGCUACAAACUCCAAAAGCACAUCGCAAAACAGUUACAGGCCCGCUCUAAGGCUCUCAAGCACGCUAUCACGAAGUACAAUGAAGCUGCCGUGUCAAUAAUACCCCCGAGGCCAACCUUGAGCUGGGAGGAGGUCGUCGACUAUGCGUUUCUGGCGGACUUUGACCUCCUGCGGCUAGGGCAUGAGGACAUUCGAGACGAAAAGUGGACGUCACCUGCUGGUCGCCGGGCUGUGGAUCUACAUUAUCAGCUCUUACGUGCCGAUGAAGAGAUCGAGCGACUCAACGUUGAGAUCCCAAGACUUCUCACAUACAUGGAGGACGAGCAGCGCUUUCUGUCAUAUCACGAAGCCCGACUGCAGAGCGAGGGCAAUCGUGGUCUAGCAUUUCAGGUACAACUGCUGCGCAUGAAGCGAGGACGUUUCGACAAUAUCCAUCGAGACCGACUGACAAAGCUUUCCCGUCGAAGUGGCUUCACAGCGACCAUGGCGAAUGGAAAGAGCUUGUCGCGUGAGAGGGACGUGCCAUCUUCAGACGCCGGACCAACUGCUCAGGCUGGGAGGGGCGUCGACGCAAUCAAUGAUACAUUUAUCAAUGAGCAGAACAGCCAGAGUGAUGAUAGUGACGAGGACGCUGAUGACGCUGAAGGUGAUGGCUUAGAUGUUGCAUUAUCUGCUAUUUUGCAAUUGGGUAUGGAUGACGACAGCUACAACGAAGCAUAG